UUCAUUAUUUAACAAUUUCUAAAUUAAAUCAAGUCGUUGGGUAAUGAAUUUUAAUUAUUUGCCGCGUACGCAAUGGAAAUAUCUGCAAUAUUUACUAAAUGGACGUCAACUCCAGCAAUUUCGCCGGCAUAUAAAUCACAAAUCAAGACCAGUGGCGGUAGCAGCAGCAACAAACUCACAUGCAGAACCGCAUCUUUUCUACAACAUACAACCGCAACGAUGCUAUAGCAGCAAUGAAUCUGGCAAAGCAGCAAGGCAGCAACUUGAGGUAAGAAAUAGCCUGGAUGAAAUAGAGGAAGGCUGUGCACAGGAAGUUGACUUGAACGAUGGUCUCAUGCAGCGUCUUAAUACGGCGCAGAACAGCGACGAGCUCUUGGACUUGAUGGUCACAAACGAGCGUGAAUUCCUGCUGCCACACAUUGUACAAUGCUUGUCUUUGCUUUGGGCAGACUAUAAAGGCUUGACAGCGCCAGCAAAAGUCGCGCUAACGGAGCGUCUGCUGCAAGAAGUGCUGCCCAUGCUGGAACCUCACAUCCCUUUCAUGAAUAUCAACGAGUUGAGUUGUUGCUAUUUAUACCUGCGCAAAAUGUAUGUAUCCAACAGGGAGUCACCGCUGGAGCAGAUACUGCUACGCGCGCUGCAUCUCGUGGAGAUUACUGAUCCGGCGUCACUUCUGCCACUGACGGCGCUUUCUCGCUUAUCUGUUGGCAUUAAUCUGGAGCGUGAGUUCUUUACACCGCUGGUUUGUCGACAUUUUGUCCCCCACUUGCAGUGCCACAUAGCCGCCUGCAAAGAUGAGGAACAGGUGCGUCUACUAGCCACCAGUCUUUUUCAGCUGCACACGCUAAUCGAUGCAGAAUUGCUAGCCGCUUACAAGGAGCGCGUAAAAGAUAUGUUGCAGAAUGGCGUUUUGAGCAGUGAGACGCCCAAAGCUUUGCUCAAAAUUCUACACAUGCUGAAUUUGCCCGUUUGGGCGCACCGUCAUACCUCAUUCAUUCGAGAAAUUAUGCUCAGUUUGGCUCCCUGUUUGGAGAAGCUAGAGCCCAGUGAUCUGAAGGCUGUUUGCCGUACAUUUCUGCAUCACCAGGAACCGGCGUCUCUAUUGCAACCAUUGAAGUUGGCCACAGAGACAUUGUUGCAGGUGGAGUUUACACCUGAUGCGUUGUCGUGUGCCGUUCCCUUUGCGGCCCCACAUCAGCGCGAUACAUACAUUGCCCAAUUUCAGAAGCUGUUGCAUUCUCAAGAGGCAUGGGAACUUCCCAAUGCUAGCAGUAAUUUCUUUAGCGUGCUACGCACGUUGAAAAUUGCAGAUAUACGUUACUGCAACACCUACUGGUCGACAGUUGUUGACGAGCUACAAUCUACUGCAGAAGAGCAAAUGCAAUUGCGUUUCCUGCGCCACUGUCAGCGGUACAUGAAUUUUAACAAUAAUCUGGGCGGCACCUAUCGUCAUCUGAAUGUGGAGCGUAAACUUUCACAAAUGUGCAUGCAUGCCAUUGAGUAUGAUGUGGCCGGUAGACUGCCGUCUAAAUUUGCUCGACUAGCAGCCUUUGUCAUAGCCUAUGGACACACACCAUUUGCAUGGAAGAAGUUUCCCAAUGUGCUGCUGUCGAAGAUUAUUGGCAUGGCCACACAAUUUAGUACACAGGAUUGCUUUCUGCUCAGUCGUGGCAUCCAAAUUGCCUGUGAGAUGCGCUUUCGUUAUGAAGUGCCCCAUCUGGUGGGCAUGCAGCUAUCCACCAUUGAUAGUGUGUUGGUUGCUUGCGCGGAAAGACACUUGGCGGAUUCCCUAACUUCCACUGAAUUGGGACUUAUUGUGCGUACGCUUAGUCAUCGCAAAUCUCUGAAAAAUACCGUGAGUUACAACCAGGCUUUGGCACGUUUUAAAACUAUAGAUUGCAACGAUCUCAACUCCCGUACUGUGCGUGAAAUGGCAUAUAAUUUUAACGCCUCACAUUUUAUCGUUCCUGAGCUGCUAGAGUCGAUGUUUUGCUAUGUGGCCCAACAGCACGCCCACAUUACCGGUGACACUGUAGAAAAGGUGCUAACCUGCUCUUAUAAUCUGGGCUAUACGCCCGAAAAUCUGGAGGCAUUGGAUUAUGCGGCAUUGGUGCUUCUGCGAGAUUUCGAUUAUAUGAGCGGCCUUUCCAUGGUUCAGGCAUGUCUAGCGCUGUGUUUUUAUAAAACUAUACCAGAAGAACUGAUCAAUAAAGUUUUCUGUGUCAAGUUCAUCCAACGCAUUGAGGAUGAAAUACAUAUCUGUUAUUCCAAAGCUGUAUAUCCGGAGCGAGUAUUAAAUCUAGUCAUGCAAUUAAAUCGCACGGUAUGUCUAGAUUUGCCGGAGGCCAAUGUUCCCUGGUUCCAACAGAAUUAUGUAGAAGCGCAACUGAGCAAAAAGCCCUAUUUCCCCAAUAGUUUUAGCACGGAUGUCAAGGCGUUGCUCCGGGAUUUGCUCAAGGAUGAAAACUACUUCCGCUGCAAUCACACAACGCCCUAUGGUUAUCAGAUAGACUUUGUAAUACACUUCGAUAAGGAUAAAAAACCCACGCCAGCGCCGCCUGUGGAAACGACUAUGUUGGAUCGAAUAACCAAGGUUGCCAUUCUAUUGCUGCGCCUUGACUCCUUUUGCGAGAAUGAUUUGACAGCAUUGCGUGGACCUGAAUCCCUGAAAAUAAAACAUCUGGAGAUGAUGGGAUACAAGGUGCUGCACAUUAACGAACACGAUUGGAACUCCAAGUACAUGUUGGCGCCGGGCGCCAAAGCCAAUUACCUUAAAUGCUUGUUGCAAAUAGCACACUAGUUAACGUUUUACGACAAAGAUUAGAAUAAGCUUAAACUGUUUUGUUACGUUUAAUUGUAGAAAUUGUAUAAAAGUGUCGGUGUAUAAAGUGGAAUGUAAUAUAUAAGGAGAAAGUUAAA